UCUCUGACUCUCUCUACCAGACUACCACUCCAUCGGUACUCUUUAAAGUUCCUAGCUCCCAACCCCCAAAACAUAUAAGCCCACGACGCAUCGCAUAGUCGAUCGCGCGCGAGAAGAGCAUCUCUCUAGAAGAAGCAACGACGAGUCGACGACGACCAUACCCUGAUCAGUUAGCUUCUUCUCAGUUCUCUCACGGCCUCUCGAUCGUUGCGGGAUGCUGCAGCUCUUCCCCGGCCGGCGCCGGGGCUACCCCGUUCUCGUGGUCGCCAUGGCGGUUGCCGUCCUGAGCGCCGCUAACCCGCGCGCCGCCGUGGACGCGUACAAGAACUACACCGUCGGCGACGACAAGGGGUGGUACGACGGCCUCGCCGUCGACUACCAGGCCUGGGCCGAGGGCUACAAUUUUAGCCUCGGAGAUUUCCUCAUAUUCAACACGGACAAGAACCACUCGGUGGUGCAGACGCGGAACGAGACCGUGUACAAGAGCUGCGACUACGACGACUCCGCCCCAGAGGACACCGUCGAUUGGUCGGCCGCCGCGCCGGAGUUCAGCAAGGAUGCCGUCACGGCCGCCGUGCCGCUGCUCAAGGAGGGCAAAACCUACUUCUUCUCCGGGAACUACGACGGCGAGCAGUGCGAGAGCGGCCAGCGCUUCGCCAUAGCCGUCGCGCAUGGCCAGGGCCUACCACCGGACCUCAGGCCACCGGUGGCAGACGCGCCGGGGCCAGCGGCCGGGCCGGAUAGCGCAGACGCGGCGCCGGCCUUCGACUUCAGCCACCCAAAGAACGUCUCCACGCCGUCGUACACGGAUGAUUCCGAUGACGAGUCGAGCAGUAGCACUUCGGGUUCUAGUCUGACUCUAGCCAGUCUCCGGCCCGGCCUCAUGAUCAUGGCUCUAGCUGUGCUCUUUGUAAUGCAGGUGUAGUACCAUAUGCAUGCUGUGUAUAAGAUUUAUUUCUGUAAUUUAAUUAACUAGUUGUAGAAGAGUGUUGUACACCUUAUUGCAUCGAUCAGAUCAUUCCAUUUUCUUUUUUCAUUUUGUAUCAGAGUUGUAUAAUAAUGAUCAUAUAUCUGAAUUUGAUCGUUUGGCCAAUAA